AUGGCCGUACUCGUGGAAAGCAGUCCAUAUCUUGUUAUUCCUAGAGUGCUUGGAUAUCGUCCGGAAAUUGUCCUGCCUGGAACAUUAUUGUUGCUCUACAUCUGCUACCAUUUCGGGAAAAUUAUUUACAACAUCUUUUUUCACCCUCUGGCUUCCGUUCCGGGCCCAAAGCUGUAUGCAGCAUCGUCAGUGUUCUUUGCCCGUAUGGUGUUGCGUGGAAAGCUUCCCAUGGAAGUACAUGAACUUCACGAACAAUACGGCGAAAUCGUUCGCAUCAGUCCGGAUCAAAUUACGAUCACAAACCCAGAAGCAUGGAAAGAGGUUUACGGCUUGCGUCCUGGCCAUCCGCAACGACCAAAAGACCAGCGUCAUGUCUCCGUGGGACCCAAUAGCACGCCGAGUAUCCUUCGCACCGAUGAUUAUAACCAUGGUCGCUAUCGACGUUCUCUGGCCCAUGGUUUCUCUGAAGGUAGUCUUCAGAAACAAGAACCCAUUGUCAAAGGCUAUAUCGACCUCUUGGUUCAACGACUGCGCGAACAAAUAAUAAAGGGCAAUGGUAGCACGAUGGCGGAUAUAAUUCGGUGGUAUAACUUUACCACGUUUGAUAUUAUCGGUGAUCUUGCCUUUGGCGAAUCAUUCGGCUGUUUGGAUACGUCUGAGUAUCAUUUUUGGGUGUCGGUGAUAUUUAGCCACUUCCGUACCGCAACAUGGGCAAAUGUACUCAGACGAAUUCCGGGCGGGCACUGGAUGAUGAGAUACAUUGUUCCCAAAAAGGUGCAGAACCAGAAAAGAGCCCAAAAUCAGCUGACGGAAGCCAAAGUGCAGUCGCGGAUUCAAAAGGGCAGCGACAGACCAGACUUCCUGAGCAACGUCCUCAAGCACGGUGUCAGUGAGAAGGGGAUGACUCUCGAUGAGCUGGUCGCGAAUUCAUACGUGCUAAUUAUCGCGGGAUCAGAGACCACCGCCACCCUGCUGUCUGGAGUGACAUAUUAUAUCCUGACCGUACCAGGCGUUUUCGACAAGUUGAAAGCAGAAAUUCGAGGUUCAUUCUCGUCCGAGGAGCAGAUUACCUGGUCUGCUGUCAACCAACUGAAAUAUACGCUGGCUGUUUUGAACGAGGGCCUGCGCAUGUAUCCACCUGUUCCGUUCGGUUUCCCGCGUAUGGUUGAGGGUGAAGGUGACUAUAUUUGUGGGAAAUGGAUCCCGGGUGGGACAUCUGUCGGAGUCCCAAUGCUGGCGACGCAACGAUCUUCGCUUAAUUUCAAAAAGCCCAACUCUUUCAUUCCAGAAAGAUUUUUGGGCGAUCCUGAGUUUGACUUGGACAAAAGACAUGCUCUUCAACCAUUCAGUCUAGGACCCCGGAAUUGCCUCGGCCGCAACUUAGCUUAUGCAGAGAUGCGGCUAAUAAUCGCACGGGUGAUUUGGAAUUUCGAUAUGGAGCUUGCUCCAGAGUCCCAGGGUUGGAUUGAUCAACUAUCAUUUGUGGUAUGGGAAAAGCCAGAGCUUCGAGUCAAGUUGACUCCAGCAGCACAUACCGUGGCGUAUUAAGAAAGUGAAUAUUUGGAUAUAGUGCAGGGACUUGGAAAAAGUAGUUAUUUGAGUAUGACUGAACUUACAGG